AUAUCUCCAAGCGCGAGCGCUUGCUUGGAUUUAGUUUUCCCUCAUGUGUUUGUGUUUGAAAGAAACUAAUCAUCUCAAUAAUUCAAUUCUGUUCAUGCAUUGCCAAUCACCUAACAUAUAAUCAUUUGUACUAAAUGGAUAUACCAGAGAAUUACAAGUAUCUGUUCAAGUUUUUGAUUAUUGGAGCUUCAGGCUCUGGGAAAACAUGCAUUUUACGAAGAUAUACAGAAGGAAAAUUUAUACCUAAUAUGCCCCAUACAAUUGGAGCAGAAUUUGGUAGUAAGAUCAUAAAUGUAGAUGGGACAACCGUUAAAAUUCAGAUAUGGGAUACUGCAGGUCAGGAACGUUUUCGAUCAGUGGCUCGUUCAUAUUACCAUGAUGCUGUUGGAGCAUUGCUAGUCUAUGAUAUUACUAGUAGAGAUUCGUUUAAUGAACUAGCCUCCUGGUUGUCCGAUGCAAGAACGCUUGCUUCGCCUGAUAUCAUGAUUGUACUAGUUGGAAAUAAAAAAGAUUUGCAGGAUAGUGAUGGACAUGUAACCAAUUGGGAGGCUAGUGCAUUCGCUCAAGAUAAUGAUCUUCAUUUCUUGGAGACAUCAGCACUUACUGGAGAAAAUAUUGAAGAAGCUUUUACACAAUGUGUCCGAAAACUUGUCUUUAAAAUUAGAAAUGGUGAAUUAGAUCCAGAUCGCUUAAAAUGUAAUCGACAAUCAUCUAGUUUAACUUUUAAUGAACGUCCAAAGUUUGGUUCUAUUCCACAGGUUCAUGUACAAAAUGAUUCAACACUUUCAUAUCAAUGUAAUUGUUGAUUUAAUUAUUUUAAUAAGAUUUUAAAAUUUUCAUCUUAUACAUUAUUACUGCUUAAAGAUCCAUUUAUCAUUUAUUCUUAUAUAUACAUAUGUAUGUAUCAAUAAACAAUUGAUUUCAUGUAUGGGUCUCUUUUAUUUCGUCCUGUUUUUUUUUGUGUUUGUUUUUCAAUGUUUGCUUAUUCCAAAAUCCAUCCGAUUAGUUUUACUUACUUUAUUCCAUAAUUCAACUUGCAUUUCAAUGAUUGAUUUAAUGUAUAUUCUAUAGAUCUUCUGUUUAAAAGGAAUUCAAUCUUUAAAUGACAGGUUUUAAAUGUGUUCUUUAUAUGUCAUUUUGUUUUGAAACAUUUGAUUUAAUAUUAUUUAUUUUCAUACAAAAGUCUUUAUGGAUUACAGCCUACAAUUAAUAAGUCAUUAUGCAUAAUUAAUGGAGUUUAGUUGUGUUAUGAUUUUUUUCGCUUCGGUUUCUCAGGUUUUCUUUUUUAUCUCCGUGAAGCUCAGUUCUAAUUUAUCUUAUCUUCUUGAAUAAAUUAGUAAUUUGUAGCUAUUAUGCGUGUUGCUUUUGUUUAGUAAUACGUGUUGUGAUACAAGUUGUAUUUCACUUGUUAAAUCAUUGAGUUGCCAUGUUGACACAAAAUAAAACUUUUCAAAACUUUACUAA